AUGGUUCUGGGAAUUCUUACGGCAAUAGCGGCUUGUCCUGCAAUCAUUGGCACCACCGAAGCAGUCCGUCAAGGUCAGAAGAAAUCUGCCAAAGAACAGCACAGAGGUGUGAAGUCGAACCUCGUUGUUUCUUGCUGCAGUUCAUCGACAGUGACGAGCCAGAUAAACGGGGGUCUCGUCGUGCUGCGAGAUCACAAGUUGUACAUUAUAACACCUGCUGCUGAGAGUCCAACCUCACAUCUAUUCGCAGGAUAUUUUCUUCCUUUCCCUGAUCAAAACUGGGGUCGCAAAGGGGAAGGCCUUGUGUCGACAAUCAGCAAUGAUCCUCCACAAUUGAACUGGAUAUACAUGGAUCAAGACACGUAUGAGCUCAAGUAUGGUAACCGGAUAGAAUCCGAACCUCACGUCGUCGGACCUUGGGAUUGUACGCGCAUAGACAAAAGACUUACCCUAGAAGGUUGGGAAGGCUUUAUGGCGGUCAAGGAGGGAAAGGGUAUAUGGUCGCUCUAUUUCGACCACGAGGACAACGGUUUGAAGGGCAAAGUUUCCAAAAAGACAAUGUUGGAGGUCGAGUUGACCCGGAAGGAGAGAAGGAAGGGAAGAGAUGAUGAAUAG